AGAGCACCGCUGCUGCCAACUGCCGUAAAACCGAACAAAGAAGAAGAGGUACGCACCGCGAAACUAAACAAAGACAGUAUUAGCAGAGCCCGUCUAACGUUAGACAUUCUCUGGUAUUAGUUACUGAGUUUGGUCUCUUCGUUUAAUAACAAUGUCUUCAGUUGAGUGUUUGAGAGAGUUUGUCAACGAGCGACUCGCUGCUGCUGUUGAAGACAUAUUCGGAGCCUUUCGAAAAACUGUCGUCGAGUACGAGGAAGAAAUAAAGAGGCAGCGCAGACUGCUGGACCUCGUUUGGAAACCUCAAAUAAAGUUACACAGGAUAGAGCUCCUACAGCAACAUGUCUGUAAGGAGGAGAUUCUUGUUGACCAGCAGCUCUGUAACCAGAACCAGAACUCCAGUGUGGACCAAGAGGACCCAGAUCCUCCACAGAUUAGAGAGGAGAAGGAUGGAGGGCAGCUUGUACUGAAGCAGGAGAGUGACACCGUCAUGCUUUAUGAGAUAAACCACCACAGUGAACCAGAACCAACAUGGGAACACCAGCUCCUCUCUAACAACUCGCAUGCAGCUGGGAGUCAAGAUCAGAAAGGAGGCAAGCGUGGAGGUUCAGGAUCGACUAGAAACGCAGAGCCGGAGCCAAAGACAAUGCAUCACGCAGGAAGAAGUCACAGCAACGAUAUAAAGAGCUGUACCGUAUCCGUAUCAAACAUUCUCAGUGUUCACACAGAAAGUGGCACAAAGUAUUUCAAAUGUGACACGUGUGGGAAAGAUUUUAAAUAUAAGUCUCAAUUUUUUAUACACCAGAAAGUCCACACAGGUGAGAGGCCAUAUUGUUGCAACACAUGUGGGAAACGAUUUAGUCGUAAAGGGUGUUUGAAAUGUCACAUGACAACCCACACUGGCGAGAAGCCGUAUACUUGCCAAACAUGUUGUAAAGAUUUCAGGUCCAAGUCAGAUUUUAUUAUACACCAGAGAACACACACAGGUGAGAAGCCGUAUUCCUGCAAGACCUGUGGGAAAAGAUUAUCCAGCAAAACAACAUUGAAAAGGCACAUGAUAACCCACACGGGGGAGAGGCCGUACCUUUGCAAGACCUGCGGGAAAAGUUUAUCUUGCAAAACAACAUUGAAAAUGCACAUGAUAAUCCACACGGGGGAGAGGCCGUACCUUUGCAAGAUCUGUGGGAAAGGCUUCAUUGAAAUUCCACGACUGAAAAGACAUUUGGGAACACACACAGGUGAAAGGAAAACAUUCAGUCUGAUGUCAGACUGGAAAAGGCACACAGGAACUCAUACAGGUUAAACAGCCAUUGACUUGAAAAACGUAAUGACUAUACAGUCAACAUGAGAGGAGAACGGUGGGAAAAGAUACUUUGAUGUAACUCAUUUUAUAAGGCAUAAGAGAACGUAAGUGUGGGCAAGUAGCCUUGUGUUGGCAAAAUAUGUGGGAGACAGUUCAGUUGUAGUUGUUGUGGCUCAUGGUCAAAACACAGAAGAACUCAUUGAGGCGAGGAGCCACGUUUCUCAAGGCUCGAUGUACACAGGAGAAACCAUCCAGCGGUCUGUGCAGACAUGUUCACCACCUGAAUAAAGUACACUUUGCAAUAGCUAUAUCUCUGUAAUUUAAUGUAAAAUGUUUUCCAUAAAGAUGCAGUGUCAGUAUCUUCAUGUACAGGUUCCCUUCAUGUGACUGUAUUUCUUAUAUUUCUGUUAGCAACAGUAUUUCUUUGAAAGGAGGAAAAAUGUUAGUUUUAGUGAAAGUGGUGGCUGUUAAUGCAACGAUGUGAUCGGUGUGGUUGUUGGUUUUGCCACUUAAAAUGAGUUUUUCUUGAUAAAGGAUUCAUUGUAAAAUGUUUUGUUAAAUUUUGAUAAUAAAUCUGAAUGAAUCUGAAAACUUCCAGUG